AUGAAUAUUUAUACAUUGAAAUUUGAAGAAACUACUCUCGAGAAUUCUUAUCGAUUAUAUAAGUUUAAUUCAUGGUAAAGCCCUAUUCUUAUAUACACUUACAUUUUAUCAAUAAUAAUUAUUGGCAGCAAACUCAUAUAUUAAUUAGUUUAACAUGAUUAUAGUUAUUUGAUACCAUAAGCAGUAAUACUAUUUAUAAUUAUACUACUCUGCUUACUUUUCAAAUAAUUGAAGAAAUUUCCCAAUUUAACUUUAAUAAUAAUAAACUUCCUGCUCGUAUCACUUGAAACAGAAACAAAUUAAGACAAUACAUAUUAUCAAGGAUAUCUAUUCGGUUGCAAUUAAAUGCUUACACAUACAAUUUUAUUCAUGGGCUCUGAUUUUUUAGUUGGUUUAUGCGCCAAUUUCCUUUUAGCAAUAGCAAGAGCAGCAAUUACUUUUAUAAAUCAAGAUUUUUUAACAUUUUAAUAGUAUCUAUACACAAUAUUAAUAACUAUUGGAAUUUCAGGCUUAUUAUAUUAAUCAGAAUUAUAUUAACGAAGGUCUUAUCUAUAUCAAACAAAAGAUACAACUUGGGGUAUUAUAAAGUUUUUUAUUUAUAGAAAAAAUAUUACCGUUUGUAAUUUGUAAGCCUUUUCUAAUUUUUAAAUUUGAUAAGGAUUCUUUCUCUUUUUAGUAAAUUGCAAUAAAUAAAUCAUUAACUGAUAGUUAAGAAAUGUAAUUUGAUUCUGUUGGAGAAUUUUUGAAGGAGUGUAAAUAUGAAAAAUUAACCCUACAAAAAUAUUUAUUUCAAAAAUAUGAGAAGUUCAACACUUUAGUCAAUAAUAUUGAUUGUCAAAAAUUAGAGAUUUAUUAUAAAAAAAGUAGAAUGAAAAUUAAACUUUUAAUUUAUUGUGUUGAUACAAUUAGAUAUAUGAUCGUUAUUGAAGCAGCUGAUUAAGCCUUUAUUGAUUUAAAAUUUAAAUACUAAAAUCAUCUAAAAGAAAUUACUUAAAAGUAUAAUAAUCAAUUAAAAAAACUUGCUAAAUUAUUGAAUAAAAGACUAAAAAAUUGUAAAAUGUAAAUGAUUAGUGAAGUAUCAAUUUCUGUACUUGAAUUUAGAAUUUUGUAAUCAAUUAAAAAUACAAAAUUAAUUAGAAUCAAUAUAUCUUAACUAUUCCAAAAAUUUUAUCAGAUUUUUCAUGUAAAUUAUAAAUAUAAAAUUUAUUUCUAAGCGAAAUAAGAUUAUAUAAUUUUUACUUACAAACCAGAACUUUAUUAUUUUAUACUAUCAAUAAUCAGAUAAUCUAAUAGAAAAUCAGAAAUUUAAUUUAUUAUUGAUUAAAAUUAGGAAGCACAGUCUCCAUAAUUGUCGCUUUCAGGUAUUGAAAAAUUACCUGUAGAUUAAUAAUUUUUAUAUUGCCAAAAAAUAAUCUUUGAAAAACAUAUAGAAGUUUUAAAUUGUAAAUAUAAUUUACUAAUUCUUAGCUCAUUUUUGGAUUUUCAAAGAGGUUCACUCUUCAUUUAAUUAACUCUACACUUUUGAUAAUAUUUCAAAUGAUCAAUUUAAUUUGUUAAAUUAAUAAUUCUGA